AGAGAUUAAAAACAAAGAAUCUACAGUCUUGAAUGACUUUAAUAAAUUGAUGAAACACUCGAACACUUGUUUAUGGGCAGAAGUGCUCGAAUUGGCGGUAGAAACGCAUUGAUUUGUGCAUAAAUCAAUAAUAUUAAAUUAUAUAACUCCUUCCAUGUCCGUUGGAUAAUAAUCAGUUGUUUUGUGCAUAAUUUUCAGUCUCUUUUGAUUGUUUUAGCUAGUGUUUGCUGCCGUCUGUCCGCCGUCUGUCCGUCUUCAUCUCGAUCAAAGUUGAAUGUUAAUGCGAAUUGACGUCAUGCUAUUGUGACAUCACAGUUGUGACAUCACAGGUGUUACCGACUUGUUUCCACUAUUGUUUACAUAGGGUGAUAGAUAACACAGUGGAUACUCAACGUCCUCAAGGACGGGAGUAACCACAAAAAUCAUUUAACAGAAAAGAAAAAAAAGAAAUGGGGUUGCGUUUGUGUUAACUUUUUAGGGAGGACACCAGAAAAAAGAGAAGCGUCAUUAUGUGAAACUCUGUCAAAUGUUACAUUUGUGGUCUGUGUUUUUAUAGGUGUGGGACUCGAAUAAAAGCAAACUAAAUGGAGAAUCUAUCAUCAUUAGGAAGCCAAAACGAUGCAAUUCAGUUUUUCAAUGAAUACCUAAACAUUGCACGACAAACUGGCAACAGGCAAGGCGAAGCUAUUGCUUACCGCAAAUUGGGAGAUUUCUAUGAAACAUCCCGACAGUACGCUUUGGCAAUUGAAAAUUACAAGAAAUGUCUUGAGAUCGCCACUGAAAUAGAGGACAGACAAGAAGAGGUAGAUAUUAAUGAAAGCUUAGGAACACUUUACGAGCUUUUAGGAAAUUACCACGAGUCACUCAAUUGUCAUGAGAAGAGCUUGGCUAUGGCUAUACAGAUUUCCGACCGAGAGGGCGAAGGAAUCGCUUUGAUGAAUCUGGGAAUUGUAAACAGCUUUCUAGGAAACUAUCUAAAAGCAAUUGAAUGUUACGAGAAGUGCAUAGCCAUUGUUACAGAGAUCAAACGAAAAGACUGGGAAGGAAGGGCGUAUGGCAAUAUUGGGAAUGCUCAUCAGUCUUUGAAAAAUUACGAUAAAGCAAUUGAAUAUCACGAAAAAGCACUUGCUAUCGCAAAAGAGAUCGGUGACAGGCUUGGUGAGGGAAAUGCCUACGGAAACCUAGGUAAUGACUGUAAGCUGUUAGGGAAAUACCACGACGCAAUUGCACACUACCUUACAAGAAUUACAAUCGCUAAAGAGAUAGGCGACCUGCAAGGCGAGUCAACCGGUUAUGGAAGCACAGGCGAUGCCUACAGAUCAUUAGGUAAAUACAACGAAGCCAUUGAGUUCUACCAAAAGUAUCUCAACUUUUCUUUGAUGUUACGUGAUAGAAGAAGUGAAGGCAAGGCUUACUCAGCAUUAGGAAAUGUUUACCACUCUUUAGAGAAAAUCAAAGAAGCAAUUGAAUAUCUUGAAUGGAGUCUUAGCAUUGCUAGAGAGCUUGGUGACAGACAGAGAGAGGCAAUUGUGUAUAGUGAAUUAGGAGUUGCAUUUCAGGAUUUAGGUGAAUAUGAUAAGGCCAGUGAGAACCAGGAAAUGGCACUAAACAUAGCCGUUGAGCUAGGUGACAGACAGAAGCAAAGCAGUGCUUAUGUAAACUUAGGAAAUGUUAAUCACCUGUUGGGUCAAUAUCAAAAGGCAGUUAAAUAUCAUGAAAAAAGCCUUACUAUUGCUAAAGAAAUUGGAGACAGACACGGUGAAGGAAAUGCUAAUGGAAGCUUAGGAAAUGCUUAUCAAGCAUUAGGGAAUUACAAAGAGGCUAUAGAAUAUUACAAUAAAUGUCUUCACGUUGGUGGCUCGGAGUUUAGCGAUAGAAAAAGAGAAGGCGUCGUUUAUGGAAAUUUAGGAAAUGCAUAUCARGCUUUAGGAAAGUACAGCGAUGCCCUUCAGUAUUUCGAAAAAUCUUUGUGCGUAGGAACAGAUAUAGGAGACAGAAAAAUUGAGGCUAAUGCUUACGGCAACAUAGGCAGUACCUAUCAACUCUUAGGAAAGUAUCACAAGGCAAUUGAAUAUUGCCAGAAGUGUCUUGCAACCGCCAAGAAGAUAGGCGACAAACGGGCGGAAGGAAUUUGUUAUGGCAACUUAGGAAAUGCUUAUCAUUCACUGGGAUGUCUCAAUGAAUCCCUUAAAUUUCAGAAUAUGUGUCUUGCAAUUGCUGAAAAGAUUGGUGAUAGACAGAAUGAGAAAAAUUCUCUAGAAAACAUAGGAAAUGCUUACCGGGCAUUAGGGGAGUACACAGAAGCCAGUGAAUACCAUGAAAAGUCACUUAGAAUAUCAAAGGAAAUAGGUGACAGAAGGGGAGAAGGAGAUACAUAUGGUUCAUUAGGAUGUGAUCAUAUAGCAUCAGGAAAAAAUGAAGAGGCGGUCCAAUAUUUGAAAAGAUCUCUUAGCAUCGCUGUAGAGAUAGAAGACAGAAGAGGAGAAGGAGUUGCUCUUCGGAAUUUAGGUUAUGUGCACGAAAAAUUAGGUAAAUACAAAGAGUCAAUUGAGUAUAGCCAAAAAAGUCUUAGUAUAGCAAAAGAGAUUGGCGACAUCAAAGGAGAAGGAAUUGCUUAUGGGUACCUCGGAAGAGUUUAUAAAGCAUUGCAGAAGUUUCAAGUGGCAGCUGACUAUCAUGAAAAACAUCUCGGGAUAGUUAAGGAAAUAGGUGAUAAGCAAGGGGAAGGAAUCUCUUAUGGAAAUUUGGCAGCAACUUACAGAUCACUAAAGAAAUACAAGGAGUCAAUUGAAUUUUCCAAGAAAAGUCUUGUUAUUGCUAAAGAAUUAAGCUACAAAGCUGGAAUAGGAAUUGCACAUGGAAAUAUUGGUAUGUGCCGGUAUUUACAAAAAUCCGACGAGGACGAUAUCAGAAAAGAUCGCCUUUCCGAAGCGAAAGAACACUUGGAAAAGAGCAUCCAAUCUUUUGAAGAGCUGUUUGAUAACUUGAAAGAGAACGACGAGUUCAAGAUUUCUAUUGUUGAUACYUUCAUCACAAUUAACAAGAUUCUGUGUCAGACCUACAUAGAGAUGGGGCAGAUAGAAGACGCCGUUUUAAUGUCUGAAAGAGGUCGCGCACGCGCACUGGGAGAUUUGCUGCGCGUUAAGUACAGUAUAAAGAGCGACAGCCACUCACGGAGCAAUUUGCUAAGUCUCCAUGAUCUAAAUAUGGCCUCCUUCACUACUCUAUUUUAUGAUGCUCCAUAUGUCAAGGACGCUGUCCAGAUUUGGGUUUUGGGACAUGGAAAUCCACCACUAUUUGUUGACAGUAAAGUCAAAAAUACUGAAUCUUCACAAGACCCUUCAGAGUUUGCUGAAAUUGACACAGAAGACAUGGAAAUUGUAUCUCUUCAAGAUUGUCUGGAAAAAAGCUAUGACMAAAUGGACGUAAGAAAAGUAUUGGGUUGUGAAGACAGGUCAUUGAAAAUUGUAGAAAGUAGUGUCGAGAUCGAAGCCACGUCUACUCAAUUGGAAAAACUAGAUGUAGGAGCCAGUCGAGAUGAGCUCAGUACGAUGGGGCACAAGGAUAGGUGCAUAUAUGAAGAUGAAGAAGAUGAUCCGUUGACAGUACUAUUUGAAACAUUGGUCGGUCCARUGAAGAGUAGACUUAUCCAAGAUGAGAUUGUCAUCAUUCCUGAUGGCUCUCUGUUCAUGGUGCCAUUCGCUGCUCUUCAAGAUCUAGAGACAGGAAAGUUUUUAUCGGAAUUCAAACGCAUUCGUUUGGCUCCAUCAUUAACAACAUUGAAGGUUCUUCAAGAAUCUUUGGAUGAUCACCAUUACAAGUCAGGAGCACUAAUCAUUGGCAACCCAGCAACUAAAAAGGUGAAAUAUAGAGGCAAAGAAAUAACAAUAACCCCUUUACCCGGUGCAGAGGAUGAAGCUGUAGAGAUCGGCAAGCUCCUUGGAGUACCGCCAUUAAUUGGAAAACACGCAACAAAAGAAGUAAUUUUAAGAAAACUACAAGUUGGUGUGUCCGUCAUCCACUUUGCUGCACAUGGAAGUGAGAAAAAUGGCCAGAUUUUUCUUGCUCCUUCUAAACCUUCAACAACAAACAGUAUCCCAGAGGAAAAGGAAUACAUCUUGACUAUGAAGGAAGCACAAGAAAGUGGAAUUCGUGCUCAACUCGUUGUACUGAGUUGCUGCCAUAGUGGACGAGGAGAAAUCAGAUCAGAGGGAGUCAUCGGAAUGACUAGAGCAUUUCUUGCUGCAGGAGCUCGUGCCGUUGUGGCGUCAUUGUGGGCCAUUGAUGACCAAGCCACAAAGCUCUUUAUGUUGAAAUUCUAUACCUAUCUAAAGAAAGGAGAGAGUGCCAGUAAAAGUCUACAASAUGCCAUGAAAGASAUGAGAGAAACAGAGAAAUACAAAGAGCCAAGAUACUGGGCUGCUUUCUUCCUUAUUGGUGAUGACGUUACUAUCAGUAUAUAACUAAACAUUAGAACAUCUAGCAGGCAAAACCGUAAACCGAUUAAACAUCCAUUCGGUCGCGAUAUGGCCAGACAGCGAUUGCACUAUUCAAUGAUACUCCARGAUGCAGUUAUAACAGUAGGACAAAUAGACUUCUGAAGCUUGGUCACCUACUUGAUUUCCAAUGRAUUGUGGCAUCAGCUUCCGGAGAAAUCAAAAGAAAUCCGGUUUGUUCUAUAGCSAUACUCAAUGUUUAUCAACAARCAUAUUCUUAUUAUAUGUUAAUAUGCCAACCAUUAUAAGAAUGGCUUUUCACAAGUCGCUUUGUUAUAACAGCCAUGCAAUCGUCUUCUGGUUGGCACAAGAAAAACAAAGGCCUACGUCACAUUGAGUGGUGUCGCUAUACCAAACAUAUCAUAUAAUCCAUUGCGUAUACGGUAUAUGACGUAAAAGCUUCAGAGAUCUGUUAUAAGUCAUAAAUAAAGUAGUAGUAAGAGUACAAACACUAAAACUGUGCAACAUAAAUACCACUAAAUACUGCUAAAUUACGCUAAUUCUAUUGUUUUCUMUUGUUUAACACUAUUUUGUAGUAAAUAGUKGAAGGUAUUGCACACAUUUAAUGUUUGUACUCUAUUGAGCACGUGCACACUAUAGAGACAUAUUGACGUGAAUUAUUAUGUAACCUGAAGACAGAAAGUCGUAUGAGGAAAUACUUCACCAUUCAAUUAUUAAAAAAAGAAUAAAUCGCAUGGGUGAUAAUAUAAAGGAAAGUUUAAUAACAAUCUUUUAAGGAUAGUAAUAUUUUAUGCAAUUUCAAGGAUAUGGUGUGUGUGGAUAUAAGAAAUGCACUGCACUAUAACAAAACAAAAAACAAAAACAAAAAAACAAACAAACAAAAAACAAACAAACAAACAAAACAAAA